UUCAUCUUUUGCAGGUUACUUGUCUCCAGAUGAUUUACAAACACAUACUAAGAAUGAAGCUAGGAUGUAAAAUUUUAAUUUUAUUGAUAAUGAAAAGAAUAGACCACUAAGAUAAUAAUAUAUGCGCAUGCGCAUAUGUUUCUGUGAACAAUAGUAGAAGACUUCGAAGACUUACUAUACUAAGUCGAAGCUGGAGAGCUACCUGUAAGUUGCGUAACGAGAUGAGACCGAAAGCGCUCUAGUAGUGCAUUUUCAGACAACUGAAGACGGCAUGGAAGCUGUGAGAUACGUUGCCUCUGGCUGCUGCUGCUUCUGUAGACUUACCGAGUGGUCACAGCCCACGCGCAAUCACGAGAUCAAUUUCAGUGUGAGUUUGGAAACGCCUAGCAAACAGAUCCAUUGUGGCAUGCAGCAAAAUGCAAGAAGCAGGAGAACGCUUUGUUUGUUGGUUGUAUAACAAGGUUGAAGAAGACUCGAUCCCGGGAGUUAUCUGGGUAAAUAAACGCGACCUUCUCUGUCAAAUUCCGUGGCAGAGAGGAAGCAGGAAGUCUCUAACAGGAGGAAGCAUUACACGCUUGCUGGAAGCUUGGGCAGACUUCUGCGGGCGGGGCCAAGAGCCAGAUUUGCGCACUUGCAUGAAGGAAGUCAACUACGCUGUGCAGAAUUUGGAGGGAUGGCUUAGGACGGUGAAGGUAGAUGAAAUAGAAGGAUACAGACUACUGCAGUUCGAUAGGAAUGCUUUGCGGAGUGUCAUUCAGGCAAGAGAUACGGGAGAAACGCAAAAUGGCCUCACAUGCACAGCAGUUGAGGAAGCAGAAGAGAGUCUGGAAGAAAGCUCACGAUCCUCACUAGAAUUUCGUCUUCAAACUGUGCCUUGCCAAGAAGAACAUCACAGGAGGAAAAGAACUCGUCAGCCUUUGCCUUCACUCAAAACAGCACUUUCAAAAAAGGUCAGUCGUGUGAAUUCUCCAGUGGCCGAAAAUGAGUGUCCAGAAGAGAGCAAACUUCUACGUUUGCCAACUCCCUUAGGGGACAGACAUACACAUGUCAAGAGUCCACCAGAUAGCCAAAUAUCUGAUAUGCUAAGGCCAAGUGGAAUGGAGGUAAUCGUGUUUUAUUUCAAUAGAGAAGUUGCUCGCCAUUACAUUAGAGACGCGGUGGGCUGUCUUCUCUACUAUAAUCAACAUUCUCAGCCAAAGUAUCAUACAUGUGGUGAUUCUCUUGUUUACAUCGCACUACCCAACCCAGACACUGGCUUCGGAACACCGAGUUUGAAACGACUACUCCAAAGCAUGCAGCUCGGUGUAUUAAUAGAAAUGAGGAAUAACGACAUAUUUGCAAAACAGUUAGGUUUCUGUUCGGUGUAUUGCAAUGAUACACGAUAUGAAACUCAUUCGGAAGGAAAAAUCAGACGACUCGAUGGCACGAGAGUGUAUGAUUUUCAGCUAUUUUGUUCGCACUUUGAGAGUCAUUGUAAUGGGCAAGGAGGCUGUCCUAGUACUGAGAUUUACAUGACAUUCGGACAGGCGUGGAAUUGCCAUCGUUCUAGUGAAGAAAAUCUUUUAUCUGUAGCUGUGAUUCAUUGUCUGGCUAGGACUCGAGUACAGGAACUCAGUCCUCACAGACCUGGUGCUGAAAUUAUCGAGACUGUUGAACUUGAGAUCGAUGAAAAGACGGACGAAGAUGAUCAGAUUGAAUUACGUUUUGGUGUACAGCUUCCUGAACAGUGACAAUAACAACGUGUUUGUCAGGUCUUCCAGCUUUAUUUGAUUACUUUAGCUUUCUUGACUGUAACUAUAUUCAGUGCUUCUGGCACUUUUUAAGAAAGGACAGUAAAUAUAUAUUCAUGUACAAUA